AUGGUCAACUCGAGCGCAACCCCCAAUGGCGUUCUACGGAUCGACGGAAUUCUCGGUGAACCCACAACCGCAACGGCAACGGAGAUACCAUCGGCGGAGCCGCAAGGGAUGUGUGAGUUCGCGAGUUGUGUUCGCAGCGGCUCCGAGUGCUCAUACUAUGACCAUUCUGCGUCGACCGGAGAGCAAUCCGACUGUCGCGAUGGUGAUGCCAGGUUCAGGAACGCGGGGAUAGGAGCCCAGUCCAGGGGCAGAGAUACAUCUGAGCCACUGUCCAGCAACGAAGAGGCUGAUGCGAGUUUUGGGGUCGAUGCCUUUACCACGACACUCUUCUCCGGUACUCCAGCCGACGUGUCGGAGAAGAACUGGUGGCUGUUUCGCGCGCGUAUUGGCCCGGGAGAGCACCUCAGACUGCCAAUCUUCACCAUCGGCAGCAACGUUUCGGUUGCCUCUUCCGCCAUGGAGUCCAAGUCGCAGUGGGCGUGCCUUGUCCGAUGUGAGCACUACUCAACAGACGUCUACAAGACAAACCCGGAUGCCCUAUCGGCGGUAGUCAUGCACCUAAACGGGCUUGUAACGGCGGCAAACCACCAUUGGGGCCCGAUGGUCACCACCAAGUUGACCAUAUUACAAAAGUUCCUUGGGAUGGCAAUUGGUUGUGUCACGAGGAAUGAUGUACAGGGGCAGCUGUCCUCCAUGGUCAGCAGUGUCAACCAAUGUGCUUUGCCCUGCGUGCUAUUCAUUAGUUUGUCGCCCAAGCCAACAGACGCAUGGUGGUGUGUGGACAAGAACAACAAGUCCGCCCGUUCAAAUUGCGGACCCGCCAGCCUCUUAGGAAGCACUCGUGGACAGCAACAAGACCUGGGAUUUGCCAAUGCUCGUAUGAUCGCGUACAUGUAUCUCAGCUUAGUGCUCCGGCCCGGCCGCAUGAGCAACGAGAUCCUCGAAUGUCUUAUGGACUCCGUCAGCACAGUCACAGAAGGGUUUGAACGACGCGCGGUGGACGACUCUGCCGAGCAAGCUGCUGUCUUCUGGACUCUGAUGCUCUCUCGCGCUGCCAUGGCCAGCAUGACACCAAUGUCUGGCAGUGGCCCCGAGAAACUGUACUGGAAGCAGAGGCUGAUUGACCAGAACAUUCGCAGUGCGAGCGCGAUGCUGCAGCUGCAGACAUGGCCAGAAGCCGUUGCUGUGCUGAGGAGAGCCGCUUUCGCUGAAUUCGAAGGCGAGCGAGAGCUCAAAAGCAUGUGGGAAAGGGCAAUCUCCGAUGUAGACUGA